AUGGCAUCAGAGCACGAGACACCAACUCCCUCAUCUUCGUUCGACCCUAGCCUUCCCAAGAGGCAAAGCUGCUCGGAUUGCCCAUUUUGUUCCAUUUCAUCCAUCUACGCCCCAUACGACCCUCAGAACCCCCCAGAUGCAAGGUCUCGUAUCAUCGAUCCUAACUUGCCCUCUCCUGGACCGUCUACUUUCAUUGUGCUUUCCACGCCACAGGUCAUGGCCUUCCUCGAUAUCAUGCCGCUUUCAGUUGGACACAUCCUUGUAUGCCCGCGCAAUCACCGGCCCAAGCUCACGGAUGCAUCUCAAGUUGAGGCCGCCGAGCUAGGCCGCUACCUGCGUGUAUUAUCCGCAGCCGUUGUACGGGCCACGGGCAUCAAGGACUGGAAUGUGGUUCAGAACAAUGGUGCUGCGGCUGCACAGGUUGUGCCACAUCUCCAUUUUCAUAUCAUCCCACGACCGGAAUUAAGGGAUAAGAGGAGUGAACGAUUUACAGCCACCAUGUUUGGAAGGGGUCAGAGAGAUGACUUGGAUGAGGGUGAGGCUGUUGUGUUAGCAGAAAAGAUCAGACAAGAAGUUGCCAAGGUUGUGAAGGAGGAUCAAAAACAGCAAAACAGCUCAAAGCUUUAA